AGUAAGAGUAUGUUGCAAAAUGCCAAUUACUUUAGUGUUUAGUUAUUUCCUUCCCUCUCCUCUAUGACUUCAAUAUAUACAAUGAGGAAUAGAACUUUUAUUGCUGCCAUGUCGAUGUUGCUACUUCUUCAGCUGUUGUGUAGCCUACAGAAUAUGGAUGCACAAUCCAUCGGUGUUUGCUAGGGAGGAAGUGGCAAUGCAAACAAUUUACCACCUGAGUCGGAAGCUGUUAAGUCUCUGCAAAACACAUGGCAUUGGAAAGAUGCGCAUUUACUCUCCAUAUCCAGAAAUUCUUCAACCCCUUGGAGACUCCAACAUGGAACUCAUCGUUGGAGUCCCUAAGGACACCUUUCAAGACCUUGCCGACCCUUCAGCUGCAGCUGAUUGGGUCCAGAUGAAUGUAAAAAGCUAUUCUUCCAAUGUCAAGCUCAAGUACAUUGCUGUUGGAAACGAAUUAGAUCCAACAGCUCAGUUUGUUCUACCGUGUGAUUCAUUCCAGAGGAAUAAAAAAAACAAUUCCUCCAAUGUCAAGUUCAAGUACAUUAGCGUUGGAAACGAAAUAGAUCCAACGGAUGGAGCAGCUCAGUUUGUCCUUCCCGUAAUGCAAAACAUUUACAAAGCAAUUGCAGAUGCUGGUCUGCAAAACCAAAUCAAGGUCUCAACGGCGGUGAGCACAAAUUUGUUGGGUGUUUUUGAUCCUCCAUCGGCAGCUGCUUUCAGUGACAAGGCAAGGACAUUCAUCGAGCCAAUCAUUAGUUUCCUGGUCAGUACUGGGGCACCACUCCUUGCCAACAUCUACCCUUAUUACAGAGUUAAAUACAACAACCAAUCACUCCCCUUUGCCUUAUUUACUGCAACAGAUGUUGUCGUGCAAGUUGGCAAGCUAGGGUACAGAAAUCUCUUUGAUGCCUUGAUGGAUGCUUUGUAUUAUGCUAUUGAGAAAAUAAAUGCAGGAAGUUUGGAAAUUGUGGUGUCAGAGAGUGGCUGGCCAUCUGCUGGUGGUGCUGUGGAAACUAUUGAGAAUGCAGGCACUUAUUAUAGGAAUUUGGUUAAUCAUGUGAAAGGAGGGACUCCAAAAAGGCCAGGAAAGGCCAUAGAAACUUAUUUGCUUGGCUUGUUUGAUGAGAACCUCAAGGAAAAGGAAGUUGAUAGACACUUUGGCCUAUUCUUUGGCAAUAAAACGGCAAAGUAUAGUACGAGUUUCACUUGAAA